AGCUGACAAAAGCAGCAGAGACGACGCAGCAGUGGGGAGUGACAAGAAGAAAACAAAACAGAUCUGCUUCUUCACAAAUCACGAGUAAAACUUAACGAGACUCUCAACAAGAUCCUACGGUUGAAUUUAUUCGCAUUCAAAAAUGGCUUCUUUAUCAAUGAAGCCGCCACAUACUUUAACGAUGUUAUUUGCAGCUUUUGUGCUCAUAGUUAGCAUCGCUAGCUUCGGGGAAUGCCAAACUCCAACAGCUCCACCUCCACCUUGCUCUUCAUAUUCAAGCUGUGACACAUGUGUUCCUCAUGCAAAGUGUCUUUGGUGUUUUGCCACAAAUAACUGCACUGAUUACCCUGUGACUUGGCUAUUUCCUCCGGCUUCAGUCUGCAAGCUGGCCGACGCUCGCUGGGGAGUCUGCUGGUUGAACUUUGAGGCCCUGGUCAUCACUCUUGGAGUCUUGGGAGGAGUUAUUGUUUUGGCCAUUGUCUCCUGCUGCUGCUACUGCUGCUGCUGUAAGAGUAGUCAUUCCAGGCUUGACAGAGAAGACGAGCAGUACGCCCGGAGGAGAGAGGAAAGCCGGCAGCGCUCUGAGGAACGGAAAACCGAUCGGAAGGCGAGGCAUGAUGAAAUUCGCAGGAAGUACGGUUUGAUGGGCGACCCGGACCACCCAUACAGCAAGUUUGAAAAUGAGUAAGCCAGCAGCCAAAGUGUCAGUGGAAACAAUUGUCCUUCUUUUUUUUAUGUCUUGGACUGAUGUCUGCCUUUUUCUAAAACCAUUAUAUACUGUAGCUGUAAGGAACAAAACUAAAUUCUGUCUCAUUUUCACUUUUUCCAUGUAUAAUAUUUUUGCCUUUCUUAUUGAAGAUGCUGUGUUGUGUAUUAAAUGUUUCGAAGCUCUUUUAAACUUUUGAUCCAAAAUAAAUAUUAAGUCUUUUUUAAAAACUGCAUAUUAAGAAGUAGUUUCAUAAUAGCCUUUGCACUAUGCCAGAAAGAUGAUGAUGAUGAACAGUGAUUGUACAUAAUGUGCUGUGACAUUCAAAUAAACAAAAUAUUUUAGGAUUUUGUUUUGUUUGUUUGACUGUUCUGUGAUAAUGAAGCUUGACACGGUGGGUGAUGGCAGGUAAUGUGUGUAUUUGCUCCUGCUAAUGAGUGUUGGACCUAGAAGUAACAACAGCAAGACGUAACAUAACCAUUUGACUCAUUUUAUUAUAGAACCUACCUACCGAUAAAUGACAAUAAGAUUAUUUCUUUAUCAACCGCCAUAUAUGCCAGUCUAUUUUAGGGAAUGAACAAAACAUUGUAAAGACUUAAAGUGUAGUGUUUUCUAAAUUCCAAGUAUUAUCAUGAUGUAUACUGUAAAUAUUGUAAAUGAAUCCCAUGUUUGAGUGGAUGUUUUGUGAGUUUGCAUAAGUAGCUAUAUAGACUUAUGCUUUGAGCUUGUAGUGUUGACACUGCAAUCAAAUUACAACUACUACUGUAUAUUUUUUUUACUUGUAUAAAUAGUAUGAUUCGUCAUUCCCAACUGAACCCUCAUCUGUAACUCAUGAUUUGCUUUUUCCUUCACAUGCAGGUGAAGUAUCCUCAAACGGCCUAUAGGGGGUGGUUUAAGCACCAAGUGAACCCUGUAUUUCUGCACUGACACUGACUCCUCCAGCAGUAAGAAGUCUUACCUCCCUGACAUCUGCUUCUACACCUCUUUACCCCUCUUUCUCCUCGGUGCUGCAGGUGACUUUUAAACUGUUAUUCUUGGCUAUAAACAACAGCCCACACCUCUUACAAAGUGGGUUUAGUGCCUGUCGAGGAUCGGGUUACAUGCAUCAUUACCUAUGCUGCUAUAAUAAAGAGCCAUUUCAACCUAAUAAAGCCACACAUUUGUCUCAAUUAUCUCUGGCUCCAGUCAAAGCAAUUAGGCAGAGCAGUGAUAAAGCCGCCUGCAUUACUAACAUACACUCUGACUCUGCCCCACCGUAAGUGCUCUUCAUGUGCCUAUGCUGCCUGAUGCAAUUAGCAGAAGUAAGUUUAAGUUGUGUUCAUACAAUAUACUUUUUAAUUACUGCUUACAUUUUCUAAGGGUCACUGUCCAAUUUGGGUUUAUAUACAAUAUUUUAUAUCCAGUUUCCAUCUACAUCUUUCUCUGAUUCCUGAUGCAGUUGUUCUGGGCUGUAGUAACGAUGCUCUCCACUACAGACAGAUACAGCCUCAAAUGCGUAUCACAAAGGUCAGAGAUAUUCUGGCCCCGUGAAGCAGGACCUGGAUUACUACAGUCCCAUACAAUUAAUCCCACUCAAAUCCCCAGAUCGAGAUGUCAAAGUUAACCAGCAGAGGGUGAUCUCAUUAGGGCACAGUCAAGUUUCCCUUGGAGUAUGCAUAUAUCCUACUUUUAUGCUUUUAUGUUUGAUGUUAUAUUGUUAAAUUAUGUCAUGUAUUACAAGUUUAAGUAUUGUUCCAUUAAAAAGUGAUGUUAAACC